AUGCAGAUCCCUCCUGCCCAUGGGGCUCUACUUGGUCUCUGCAUCUUCUUGUUUACUUCAAGCUUAUGCUACGGUGAGGAUACCGGACAGCCAAGCAAAGUCUUCUCAGAGUUGAAAACAGCCGAGGCUGCAGAGCUCAAUGAAGAGGGAAAGUUUGCGGUACUACCACCAAAGUCGUUCUUCAAGAAACCCAUCCUGCCUAAGGUUCCAAUUCUGAAGAAGCCAUUUCCACAAAAACCCUACUUCAAGAAACCACCUCUGCAUAAGAUUCCCACUCUCAAGAAGCCAUUGUCAUCUCCUAUACCUGUUUUCAAGAUCCCACCGUUUAAGAAGCAUCCUUCCCCGAUUCCACAAGAUGAAAAACCUUUUUUGAAGAAACCAUUUUUCCAUCCGAUUCCAAAAUUCAAAACGCCAUAUUUCCAUCCUAUUCCGGUUUAUAAGAAGCCACUUUUCCCCCCAGUUCCGGUGUACAGGAAGCCCGCAGUUCCGGUUUACAAGAGUUUACCUCCAAUUCCUGUUUACAAGAAGCCAUCCUUCCCCCCAGUUCCAAUCUACAAGAAGCCAUACUAUCCAAUUCCGAAAUUUAAGAAGCCAUUUCCUCCAUACGUGGCUCCCUAA